ACGUAGUGCUUUUGUGUCUUGUGAGGAUUUCUGACACCACCCCUUCGGGUACUGGGAGGCUGAGCAAAGGAACUACCGUUCGCUGUAAACAAAUUUCUUUUAGCAUUUCACCGGCGGGGACUGACGAUCCGUCUUUUGCAUGACACGAGAAGGAGAACUGACAACGGCAUGUAGCUGAAAACAGUGGAGCUUGGAUGCGCAACAUUUCACUCUGAUUUGCACUGGCAUUUAACCACACAUUGUGUAUCAAUGCUGUCUCUGACAAUUCCUCUGUGGUCGUUGUUAGGUUACAUAUUAGCUCCCGCUUUAUGAUAUUUACAUGCGCGAUGGCGACACCAGCAGAACACGAUCUCACCUUUGCUGAAGCGGAGAGCAACAAAGAGAAAGAUCAAGUCUUCGGUAUCCUCAGGUUGCAAGAAGAGAAAUCGACUGAAAAAUCUGCCGCCGCCAUGAAAGCGGGAGACGGGAGGUGGCAGGCGCCCAUAUUUGCGCUUGCUAGGAAAGCAUCGGAGACCUUUUCAGGAAGCAUUCACGUACUUCCCAAGGUAGCGGAACAGAAAUCACCCCCCUUUUCAGAUGACUGGGGCGCAAAGGCUCUUCGGGACCCAAUGACCAUGGAGCGGUCCAACCUGCUCAACAUGGCCAAGCUCAGUAUCAAGGGCCUGAUCGAGUCCGCCUUGAGCUUCGGCCGGACCCUGGACUCAGACUACCCCCCCCUCCAGCAGUUCUUUGUCGUCAUGGAGCACUGCCUGAAACAUGGCCUUAAGGUGAAAAAGUCUUUCCUGGGGUACAACAAGUCACUGUGGGGUCCCCUGGAGAUGGUAGAGAAGCUGUGUCCGGAGGCCAGCGAGAUUGCAGCAAGUGUUAGAGACCUACCUGGACUUAAAACGCCGCUGGGUCGUGCUCGGGCUUGGCUGCGCCUGGCUCUGAUGCAGAAGAAGUUAGCCGACUACCUCCGCUGUCUCAUCACCAGGAAAGACCUGCUGAGUGAGUUCUACGAAUGUUCGGCUGUGAUGCUGGAGGAGGAGGGCGCUGUCAUAGUGGGGCUGCUGGUGGGACUCAACGUCAUCGACGCCAACCUGUGUGUGAAGGGCGAGGACCUGGACACACAGGUCGGGGUGAUAGACUUUUCCAUGUACCUGAAAAAUGACAUUGAUGACUACAGAAGUGAAGAAAGAAAUGGUCAAAUAGCUGCUAUUCUGGACCAGAAGAACUAUGUGGAAGAACUGAACAGACAGCUGAACUCCACGGUUCACGGCUUACAAGGACGGGUCGACUCGUUGGAAAAGUCAAACACUAAACUCAUCGAGGAGCUUGCCAUAGCAAAAAACAACAUUAUCAAGCUGCAAGAGGAGAACCAUCAGCUCAGAAAUGAGAACACCCUCAUUCUCAUGAAAGCCCAGGAGCACCUUGCAAUGGUAACUCUUACCGGUGGACCUGUCCAGGUGACCCAGGGGGAUGUGGACGUGGAGCUAUGCACGUACAAGCAGUCAAGGCAGGGCCUGGACGAAAUGUACAACGAGGCACGGAGACAGUUGAAGGAGGAGUGCCAGCUUCGACAGGACGUGGAGAAUGAGCUGGUGGUGCAGGUCAGUAUGAAACAGGAAAUGGAACUGGCCAUGAAGCUGCUGGAGAAGGACAUUCACGAGAAACAGGACACUCUGAUUGGUCUGAGACACCAGCUGGAUGAGGUCAAGGCUAUCAACGUGGAGAUGUACCAGAAAAUGCAGUAUUCUGAUGACAAUUUGAAACAGAAGAAUGACAUCAUCACACGACUGGAGGAGAAGACCAAUCAAAUAACAGCAACAAUGAAGCAGCUUGAACAAAGAUUGCAGGAGGCGGAACGCGAUCGCUGGACCGCAGAGGAUGGAGCCCGCAAGUUCAAGCAGGACUUUGCCAAUAAAGCAGACUGCCUUCAGAAACAGAUCAGCCAAAGAGAGACACAGCUGCUUCAGCUGGAAACAGACUUGAAGAUUGAGAAAGAGUGGCGACAGACGCUACAGAAUGAUCUGGAAAGGGAGAGAGAAAUCGUCGCCCAGCUCAGUGCUGAGGCACAGCAAAUUAACGGACUGAAAAAGGAGUUCCACAGACUGCAAGAUGAGAACAGGCAGCUGCAGGGAAUAUGCCGGGAGCAGGAGCAGGCACUCCAGGAGCUCGGCUGCAAACUUAGCGAAUCAAAAUUGAAAAUUGAAGACAUAAAAGAAGCAAACAAAGCACUGCAGGGGGGCCAAGUGUGGCUGAAAGACAAGGAGGCCACCCACUGCAAACUGUGUGAAAAGGAGUUUUCUAUCUCUAGAAGAAAGCACCACUGUCGAAACUGUGGGGAGAUCUUCUGCAACGCGUGCUCUGACAACGAGCUUCCCCUCCCCGCCUCCCCCAAACCAGUGAGGGUCUGUGACACUUGCCACGCCCUCCUCCUCCAGCGCUGCUCCUCCAAUGCUACCUGAUUGGGCGAGGUUGCGACCACUAUACGCCCUAAUACGACCACGCCCACCUCAGCUUUCACCCUCAUCCACAGGACUGCAAACCAAAAGGCCGCAGCAAAACCAAGACUGCCAGUCAUUUACACUGGAGAAAGGGUGUCUGUGAGUAGAGGUAGCCAAUGGAAAGUCCCUUUUUCUUUUCAUUUCAAACCAUGUCUGUCGUGCUUUGUGAGACUGAUGUACUGUAUAUACAGUAAUUAUCUGCUUUGUCUCAUAUUAAGAUCCCUGGGCUGUACUCAAUUAACAUUUUUCCUGAACUUUGACUUGCAUGUAAAAAGCAAGUGUUACACUUUUUCUUCAGCUUAUUUUGGUGCCAAACUGUUUCUGAAAAAAAAUCUUGCUUUUAAUUGCUAGAUAGAGUUAAGGAAAAAUGUUGAUUGAAUCUAUGUUAAUGAAACACAAUGGCCUUGAUUCAGUACAUUUGUCCCUACAGUGAUUGUUAAAAAAACACUAUUUAUGAGUGAAACUAAAAUAGCUCAUCCAAAAUCAAUGCAUAAAUGAUUUUCUUUAAAAUACGAUGCAUUACAGUGCGUCCACCAAAUUCUAGCAUCAUUAACAUCGAUAUUCAAAAACAGUGAGAGUCUGUUUACAAGCAUAUAGUAAUGUAGGUAUAUGACAAUCUUGACAUCAUCUUACUGGUAGAAAACAGUGAGGAUCUCAACUUAUCCAGGGAUGAUAAAAUAGGGCUGGGGCAUUGUUGUCGCCACUUUUCGUGCAUCCACAUGUCUAGGCAACUGUCAGACUGUCAAGUUGCCAGACUUUGCCAUGCAAUUUCAAGCACCUGUGGGUACAUUGUUUCUUGACUUCAGUGCUAUCAAUGCAAGCUGCUAGCGGAUCCCAGUUUAUGUGGACAGUUCUUUGGAUGCAUAGGGCAUCGUAUGAAAGAACAAGGAAUUUCCAUUGAUUCUGAUUGAAAUAUGACUGAAAUUUGACUGACAACAAUUUGCUGCUUUUGUUACAAUUCAGUUAGGCGACCUCAGUGAUCAUCAAAAUGAAGUUAAAAAAAAUUUGUAAGUGAAUAUAUAAAAUGUUGAUUGAAUUUAGGCCAAUAUCGAUUGUAAAGAAUGAAAGUUCUUAAAAUCCUGCUUGUGCUUGAGAGUACAGGCUGAUUAUGCAGUUUAAGCAGGGGGGUGAAAAUGUUUGAAUAGACGGUGCAGGGGUGAGAAGUUAAAAAUCCUACAUUACUGCAUCUAUGGCCUUGAGCUAGAUACUAACAUGCUUUAGUAAAUGUAUACAAAUGGAUCAUGCCUAAAAAUGUAAACUAUGUAAGGCUUAAAGCUAAGGUGUCUGCAAAGGAAGUGAAGUAUUAAUUAAUAAGAGAACCUUGCUUUCCGGCCCUAUGAGUUAGUCUGUUUAAUGAACAGGAUCAUUACAGACAUUUCAUUACUUAUUUCAAGCGAGAAAGUAGAACCUGCUCCCUCCAGUAGACAUAGCAUGAAUUCCAUUUUUAUUUUUACUUUUGACAGGGAUGGUCUAAAUUUUGUGAUUCACAUGUGCCUGAGAAAUUAAGUUCAGAUUAUACAGCCAAAACAAGGGUGGUUUUAGUUUUUCUGUGCAAUUAGUAAGGAAAAUGCAUUUCAGAACUUUUUUUUCAUAAACUCUAAUAUUGUUCCCAGUGCUGCCUAACAUGAAGAAACAGAAACUACAGCACAGCGACUGUUUUAUAUUAAUGUAAUUAUUUUAAAUAUAUUACUGACAAAUGCCUAUAUUCUUAAGACUGUUAUAGUAAUAUUAGAAAUUAUUUAUAAAACCUAGAACAUACUUCCCCAUUCAAAAUCUUAUUUACUGUAAAAUUGAAAUUUUUCCCCAAGCAGUAUUUUAUGUAUGUCUACAUUUCUGAAAAUUAAGAUAUUGCUGGUCAACGUAUUUUGAUGUAAUGGGUUCACUUAUUCACCCAAAAAGGCCAAAGGUGCCAAAUGUUAAUAUAUGGUAACAUUCUUGGUAACCACUAAACCACAGCUGCCCAACCCUGUUCCCAAAGAUCUAGUCUCGCAGAUCUCGGUUUUCAUUUCAGUCCUAACAAAGCACACCUCAUUCAACGAAGUCUCCUUAAGCUGCAAAUUAGUAGAAUCAGGUGCCAAAAGGGUUAAAAUGUAAAUCUACAGGACAGAUCUCCAGGAACAGGGUUGGCCAGCCCUUAACUAAACUGUCCUACACAUUCACUGUACAUAUGUUUUAUAAUUAACAAGUGAUUUGUGUACACUUUAAAUGAAAUGCUCCAAAACUGGAAUUAAUAUCCUUGGUUUAAAAGAAACUAUGUUGUGAAUUUCAAACAAGUUUUAUGUCACUGCUUUGCAAAUGUAACAGGAAGUCCACAUACUAUCUGUGCAGUAUAUUUAAUUGCAAAAAAAGGCCACUGUAUGUUUACAAUGAACACUGUUUCUGUUCGCAGUGCUGGAGCAUUGACAUUGUUGCUAUUAAUGUACAUUGCCUUUAAAGUGAAGUCUGUUCACAGUAUAAA